AUGGUUCAUGCUCCUCCCUCUGGCUUGCAGGGAGGCCUUUUACUUGCUUGGAAAUCUGAUGUAAAUAUUGUUACUUUUUAUGUCUCUUGUAAUAUUAUAUGUGUUUGGCACUAUUCGGAUGAUCCACUUGUUAAAUGUUUGCUUACCUUUGUAUAUGGGCCUCCUUACAAGAAUCUUUGCCCAGCUUUUUGGAAGAUUAUGGAUAAUCUUGGGGUUUCUUAUAAUGAACCAUGGGUUUGCAUUGAGGAUUUUAAUUCUAUCACCUCUCCUGAUGAUAAAUUUGGGGGUCGGGCUUUUGACUCUUUCUCUCAAAAUCUAUUUGCGGAUUUCAUGGAUGGCUUUGGAAUGAUUGAUUUGGGAUUUAGCGGCAAUCCGUUUACAUGGUCUAACCACCGCCAAGGCUCUGGCUUAAUCAAGGAAAGGAUGGACAGAGGUGUUGCAAAUUGUCACUGGAUUCAUUAUUUUCCAUCGUAUUCGGUAGUUCAUCUCCCAGCACAUAGCUCUGACCACUGUCCCCUUCUUUUAAAUACUAGGCAACUUUCACCUUCACUUCCUCGUUCGUUUCGUUUUGAAGCGUUUUGGACUAGGGAUCCUACAUGUGGUAUUGUUAUUGAAGAAGCUUGGUCUCCUUUUAUAGCUGGUUCUCCCUCUUAUUGUCUAAUAAAAAAACUUAAGCUAACAAAGGAGGCUAUCAAAUUUUGGAACAAGCAUUAUUUUGGGAAUAUUAAAUCUAAGGUGGAUAGAACUCUUUCUUUGCUUGAUGAGGUUCAACAGGCCCAUCCCUCGGAUGCCAAUUUAGCAAAAGAGCUUCACCUUCAAUCUCUGCUGGAUGAGUACCUUCUUCAGGAAGAGUCUCUUUGGAAAACUAAAUCUCGAGAAUUAUGGCUUACGACUACAGAUUUGAAUACCAGAUUUUUCCACACUAGCACUAUUAUCUGCCAUCGGCGAAAUUUCAUUUCUAUGCUACAAACCCCGGGUGGGGGUUGGAUUUCUGAUCGGGCUGAUAUUGGUAUCUCCUUUGUCACACAUUUUAAGGAGUUGUUCACUUCCACUGAUCCGCUUCUCUCUCCUGCUGUAUUGGACCUUUUUAAUCCUGUUAUUACAGACACUGACAAUAAUCUGUUGUGUGCUAUCCCCUCUGAAAAAGAGAUUUAUGCAUCACUGAUUAGUUUGGGUAAGGAAAAAGCGCCUGGUCCUAAUGGAUUCACUACUUUAUUCUAUGUCAAAUAUUGGGACUGUAUCAAGACUACGGUACUGCUGGCUGUUGAUAAUUUUUUCGUUUCUAACACUUUGCUUAGAGAACAGAAUCAUACUUUUAUUGCUUUAAUCCCAAAGCGAUUGGGAGCUUCUGCUGUUCAUCAUUUUAGGCCUAUCAGUCUCUGUAAUAUUAUUUACAAAAUUAUCUCUAAGCUCUUGGCAAACAGGCUCAAGCCCCUCUUAUCGAAGAUCAUUUCUCCAUUUCAGACUGCUUUUGUACCAGGUCGUCAUAUUCAGGAUAAUUCUAUUCUUUCUCAUGAGAUGCUUCACUCUCUUAAAAACAAAAGGGGAAGAGGUGGCUUAAUGGCUGUUAAUAUUGAUAUGAAAAAAGCUUUUGAUAAAAUGGAGUGGGGCUGCCUCCUUAUUAUUAUGGAAAAAUUAGGGUUUCAUCCAAGUUGGAUUAAUUGGAUCCGGAUUUGUAUUUCUACUUCUUCUUUCUCUAUUCUACUGAAUGGAUCCCCUUUUGGUCUUUUCCGGCCUUCUCGUGGUUUACGACAGUGUGAUCCACUGUCUCCUUUUCUCUUUAUUUUAGGUACUGAGGUAAUUUCCAGACUCCUUCAUCAAAGUCUACAGGGAUUUAAGAUCUCAAGGAGAUGUUUUCCUUUAAAUCAUCUUCUUUUUGCGGAUGAUCUGAUUAUCUUUACACAUGCCACCUCCUUGGAAGCUGGUAUUAUUAAGGAUUGUUUGGCUAAAUAUAGUCUUUGGUCGGGACAGACUGUUAAUAUGGAAAAAUCUAAUAUUCUGUUUAGUGAAAAUACUGCUGCAUCUAUUAAAGCCAGUAUUUUGGAUAUCAUCCCCUAUGCUGCGACUCCUACUUCUGCUAAACAUUUGGGCCUUCCUAUGUUUUUUGGCCGUUCUAAACAAUAUCCUUUUUUGGAUAUCCUCGAAAAGGUCAAGGGGAAAAUAGAUGGAUGGAGAUCUAAAACUUUAUCACAGGCUGGGAAAUCGGUCUUGCUUAAAGUAGUAGCUUCUUCUAUCCCUUCUUAUGCAAUGAGUUCUUUUCUGUUUCCUGACAUUCUUUGCAAUCGACUAGAUGCUGCUUUCAGGAAUUUUUGGUGGGGUUUCUCGGUCAACAAAGCUCAUAAUCUUUCUCUAAAGUCGUGGAAAUCGAUUUGUCUGCCAAAGGAUCAAGGUGGUUUGGGUUUCCGUUUGAUGAAAGAUAUUAAUGUCUCUCUUAUUGCUAAGCUUGGUUGGAAGCUUCUUGUUAAUCAUGAUGCUAUUUGGAUCCAGCUCUUUAAGGAAAAAUAUAUUAAAUAUGGAUCUCUUCUCUCCUAUCCUCUUAGCACAGGUUCCUAUAUUUGGAAUGGCAUCACUUCUGUUGUCCCUUUGCUUAAAUUGGGUGCCUGUUAUAUACCUCAUGCUUCAAGUUCUCUGGCUAUUUGGAAUUCGCCGUGGAUUUCUACUUUACCCAAUUUCCAACCUGUACCUCGCGUUUCGCGACUCUGUUUGGAUUAUCCGUUGGUGAUUUCGACUCUUAUCCAUCCACAAUUUUUAACUUGGAAUAUCCCACUACUUAUUUUUCUUUUUGCUCCGGAAACAAUUUCAGAAAUUCUUAAAAUCUCUACUAGAGCUACGUCUGAUUCUCUUAUUUGGACUGCAUCGGCUUCAGGGGUUUUCUCUUCCAAGACAGCCCAUCAUUUAUAUGUUUCCUCUCGGCCCGCUCCCGUAUUGCCUGUUCCUCCUUGCAGUUGGAAAGGAUUGUGGAAGCUGAAGCUCAACCACCGACUCAAACUUUUCCUCUGGAAAAUGGUCUGGAACAUCAUCCCCACCAAGGAUCGAAUUGCUCAGUCUAUUGUAUCUUCUCAAAGGGAUUCUUCCUGCUCUUUAUGUUCUGCUUCAACAGAUUCGCAGCUUCAUCUUUUUUUCUCAUGCCCUAUUGCGCGGGUCAUUUGGAGAAAUUCUUUCUGGCCAUUGGAUAUUACAGCCCUCUGUAUUUCUGAAAUUUCUGAUUGGCUCAAUGUAAUUCUGCAUCCGGGAACAAUAGCUUGUGAUCGUAUCUGGCACUCUCGUAACAAAGCUCAUCAUGAUGGUUGGACUCCGAAUGCUUUAUCAAUCUCAGCUGAUGUCAACCGUACAUCUCACACUCACUUCCGGGCUUGGUCAAAUAAAAUUUCUCCUGUUCGUCAGAUUUGGACUAAGCCUGCUCCUCUAUGCUUCAAAAUUAAUUAUGAUACAGUUAUCCGUAGGAAUUUCUCAGCUCAGGCAGCCGUUUGUCGAGACUCUACGGGUGCUAUUAUUCAAGUACUGACAAGAAUUAGUCCUUUAUGCACCCCCUUGUAUGGAGAAGCAACCGCAGCUCUUCUUGCAGCUACAUUGUGCUCAUCUAUGGGACUGUCCCAUGUAAUUUUUGAAGGUGAUUCUUUAACUGUUAACCUCGUCAUCAAUAAUCCUACGAUUACGCAAGACUGGCGUAUUUCAUCCAUCAUAUCGGAGUUUCUUUCAACUAUUUCAUCCACUACUAGAUGGUCUACUAGUAACAUCAACCGAAGUGCAAACUUCUGCGCCCACUAUGUGGCUGAUUGGGCCGCGACUAGAUUUACCUCUAGCUGCAUUCCCACCUCUGUUUCGUCAUUUAGUUCGCUCAUUCCUCCCUGUUUUGGAAUGGAUUUUUCUUUCUCUUUUAAAGUUCCUUGA